AUGUAUUGCACUUUUUAAGAGAAGGAAGCUCUAGCUGAAAUUUUUACUUAAGUUAAAGAUGUAGAUGAACAAAUAUUUGAUGUCAUAUUAAAAAUAUUUCGCAAGGAAAAAGUUUAAGAUUGCAUAGGAUAUCUUUUAGAUCUUGGGAAUCAAACACAUUUAGAAUAAUAAAUCUUACAAAAAGUAGAGAAUUUAAUGCAAGUUGAAAAUGGAUAACAAUUGUAUGAUGUUAGAAAGAACAUCAAACAAACUACUAAUGUUUUAAAAAAAAUAAAAGAUCAUGGCUUCUAUAAGUUAGACUAUUCAAAUCAAGUAUAUGAAGAUUUUAUGCAAAAUCUGAUUAAAAGUUGCAGGAAUAAAAUAAAGAUCAUCAAAUUUUUGGAAUUUUUAGUUCACCUCACAUCCAUAGAUUAGAAUAUGAUAUAAUGUGGGUCUAAUUCAUUAUAUAUAUUAGUUUUGAUUAAGGUAGACCUUAGAAACAAAAAUUUUUUAAAUAUUAAGAUCUAAAAUACUUCUUUAGUAGGAGCUAAUUUUGCUCGAUGUAAUUUUAGUGGAUCUGAAUUUAAUAAUGUUAACAUUAGUGGAAUGAAUUUGAAUAGAGCAAUAUUAAUGAAUUGUAAAUGGAUAAACUUGAGAAUCCAUGAAUUAAAUAAAUUAAAUGCUCAUAGUGAUUAUGUUUAAUCUGUCUGUUUUUCUCCUGAUGGAAAUACUUUAGUUUCUGGUAGUAAUGAUAAGUCUAUCCGUCUAUGGGAUGUAAAAACAGGAUUAUAAAAAGCCAGAUUGGAUGGUCAUAAUUACACUAUCUUUUCAGUUUGUUUCUCUCCUGAUGGAAAUACAUUAGCUUCUGGUAGUGAUGAUAACUCUAUUGUUCUAUGGGAUGUAAAAACAAGAAAAAAGAUAGUCAAAUUAGAUGGUCAUACCAAUGAUGUUCGUUCAGUCUGCUUCUCUCCUAGUGGAAAUGUUUUAGCUUCUGGUAGUUGGGAUAAUUGUAUCCUUCUAUGGGAUAUCAAAACAGAAUAAUAGAAAGCCUAAUUGGAUGGUCAUGAUAGUGGUGUCAACUCUGUAUGUUUCUCUCCUGAUGGAAAUACAUUAGCUUCUGGUAGUGAUGAUAAGUCUAUCCGUCUAUGGGAUGUAAAAACAGGAUAAUAAAAAGCCAAAUUGGAUGGUCAUAAUUACACUGUCUUUUCAGUUUGUUUCUCUCCUGAUGGAAAUAAAUUAGUCUCAGGUGGUAAUUAUGGGUAUAUAUAUUAAUGGGAUGUAAUAACAGGAUAAUAACAAGCCAAAUUAGAUGGUCAUACUAAUUGUGUUAUGUCAGUCUGUUUCUCUCCUGAUGGAAAUACAUUAGCCUCUGGUAGUGAUGAUAACUUUAUCCUUCUAUGGGAUAUCAAAACAGGAUAAUAGAAAGCCUAAUUGGAUGGCCAUCAUAGUGGUGUCAACUCUGUAUGUUUCUCUCCUGAUGGAAAUACAUUAGCCUCUGGUAGUAAUGAUAAGUCUAUCCAUCUAUGGGAUGUAAUAACAGGUAAAUAACAAGCCAAAUUAGAUGGUCAUACUUUUUAUGUUAUGUCAGUCUGCUUCUCUCCUGAUGGAAAUCUAUUAGCUUCUGGAUGUUGUGAUAGCUCUAUCCUUUUAUGGGAUGUCAAAACAGGAUAAUAGAAAGCCUAAUUGGAUGGUCAUGAUAGUGCUGUCAGCUCUGUAUGUUUCUCUCCUGAUGGAAAUACAUUAGCUUCUGGUAGUGAUGAUAUGACUAUCCGUCUAUGGGAUGUAUAAACAGGAUAAUAAAAAGCCAAAUUGGAUGGUCAUAAUUACACUAUCUUUUCAGUUUGUUUCUCUCCUGAUGGAAAUACAUUAGUUUUUGGUAGUGAUGAUAACUCUAUCCAUCUAUGGGAUGUAAUAACAGGUAAAUAACAAGCCAAAUUAGAUGGUCAUACUAAUUGUGUUAUGUCAGUCUGUUUCUCUCCUGAUGGAAAUACAUUAGCCUCUGGUAGUAAUGAUAAUUCUAUCCGUCUAUGGGAUGUAAAAACAGGAUAAUAAAAAGCCAAAUUGGAUGGUCAUACUUUUUAUGUUAAGUCAGUCUGCUUCUCUCCUGAUGGAAAUCUAUUAGCUUCUGGAUGUUUUGAUUACUCUAUCCUACUCUGGGAUGUCAAAACAGGAUAAUAAACAGCCAAAUUGAAUGGUCAUAAUCAUUGUAUUUAGUCAGUCUGUUUUUCUCCUGAUGGAAAUACAUUAGUUUCUGGUAGUCAUGAUAAAUCUAUCCGUCUAUGGGAUGUAAAAACAGGAUCAUAAAAAGGAAAAUUAGAUGGUCAUUUUAAUAGAAUCAUGUCAGUAUGUUUCUCUCCUGAUGGAAAUACAUUAGCUUCAAGUAGUUUCGAUUACUCUAUUCAUCUAUGGGAUAUUUAGAAUGGAAAUGAAAUAUCCUCCGCUGACAAAAAUUAUAAAAAUAUUCUUUCAUAAUUUAUAGGACCCUUAUUUCAAGAAAAUCCUCUAUCAUGUAUAUAUAUUAUUUAUUAUUAGUAUCAAAUAGCAUUACAAUUCUCAGAAUAUCUCAAACAGCAUUAUUUUAAGCAUAAGGAGCUUUAAUCUUAAAAGGAAAUUUUGUAAGUUAUUAGGGAUACAAUUUAAGAUCAUUAUUUAAAUCAAAAGGAAGUUGUAUUUUAGAGUAAAAGUGA